CUCUCGUUUCAAACAAGCAAAUCAGGUCAUCAGGUCAUGCUUUCAACAGAAAAACAAAGAAAAAAAAAAUCAAAUGAGAUGGAGAUGUCCGGAAGUGAAGAUGUAAGAGUUGAAAUACCGCAAGGUAAUCAACCGGAACCAGUCGACAAGAUUAACAUCCACGACGUUGCCCGGGAGUGGGAAGGCUGCUUUGAAGACAAUGACAACACCCAACAUUCAGAACGCAAACGACAAAUGCAAAAAGUACAUCCAUUGCUCUUAAAAGGCGAAAAAGGUGAAAGAAACCGCCAUUGUUAUGAGCCAGCAGUGGUUUCACUUGGCCCUUACCACCAUAACCGAGACGACUUCUCCGCAGCCAACGAAUACAAGCUUGUAACUCUCGAGGAAUAUCGUUUGAGCUGUGGAACUCAAAAUAAUUCCAUGGAUUCGUUAUACUUAUACAACAAGGUGUUCGAGGUGAUACACGAUGCUAGAAAGUGUUAUAUCCAUGGUUCUACAGAUGAAUAUAAUGACGAGCAGUUUAAUCGCAUGAUGUUGCUUGAUGGUUGCUUCAUUUUGUUCUUUAUAGAAUGUGUUGCUAGCCAGAACACUAUGUUGAUGCUAAAUAACGAGUAUUUAGGCGCAUUGGGCUUUGCGCAUAUAUCUCGUGAUAUUCUGUUGCUCGAGAACCAAAUCCCAUUUAUAGUACUCCAAGUUUUGUUGGAUUUGCGAUUCCCAGAAGAUAGAGGCGAAAGGAUCUUAAAUUGGUUUUUUAACUACUUGAACUAUGGUGAAAUCAUCGGUAAGGAAGAAAAUGUGCUUGAAAAGAAGCAACCUCUUCAUCUUCUCGAGCUUUACAGGUCCUAUUUCAUCUCGCUUUCCUCGUGUUUUGCUCAUGUUCAAUCGAGUAAUUCGAGCAUGUGGCAUUGGAGAGAAAACUUGGACAUUGAUACUAAUGAAAAAUGGAAUUAUGUAAAGCGAAAUCGAUCUUUUGCGUCAGUUACGGAACUGAAAGCUAAAGGGAUUUUCUUGAAAUGUACUAAGGUCGAUGACGAGUCUUCAAAUGGAGACAUCAAGUUUCACUCACAUUAUUGUUAUGGUGAGCUUGAGCUUGUUAGUCGAGCGGUGUACUCGAAUUCAAAAGCUAUUUACUUGAACAUGAUCGCUUACGAGAUGUGCCCACAUAAUCCUAAUGACUUUCGAGUUUCGACUUAUAUUCGUGUAAUGAAAUCACUGGUUAUUCGGCCUGAUGACGUGAAGGAGUUACGAGACAACAACAUAUUGCUUCAUAGUCUUGGUCGAGAUGAAGAUGUGGUGAAGGUGUACGAUGAGAUUGAUGCACCCGCGGUUAAUGUCCACAUGUUUAACCAGCUCCGACGAGGAAUUGAGAAGCACUGUAAUAACAAGUAUAAGACGUGGGCGGCGGAGUUGAUUAACAUCUACUUUAGCAGUCCAUGGAAGACAAUGGCUUUAUUGGUCGCUACUGCUAUUCUAAUCACUAGUUUUCUACAGACUUACUUCACCAUCUGGCCAGAUGACUAAUGACUACAGCCGGGAUAUUGUCAAGCUUAUGAGAUGAUGCCUACAGUAUUCUAUUUAAGCCAUUUGUUGUACCUGCUUGAUCCGGAGGUGUUCAUGUUACACGAAGUGGAGGAGCUAGUGUGUAUGGAAUGGGGUCCAUGCACUCCACUUGGUUGUGCCAAAUAUAUAUGUUUUUUUUAAGUCAAUAAUCCCUUAUUGAUAUUACUAGGCACCCACUUCACUGAUUUUAAACUUUCAUGAGUUUCAUCACAACCAUAUCUUGUCUCUUCUGUGCUACGUAUUUGGUUUUGCAAGAAAGAUUCAAAACCAACUCAUGAAAUGGAAUUGGAUCCC